UACUUAAAACUGAUUAUAUGUCUUUAAAGGAUAACAAGUAAAACAAAAUGUCAGAUACUUUUUUUGACUGUGUGGAAUUAGCUGUAUCAGAUUCAAUCUUUGGUUUGGUGUCAGAAUUUAAAGCCGACUCGCAUCCAGAGAAAGUGAGUUUAGUGGUUGGUGCUUAUCGUGAUGAAGAAGGAAAGCCGUAUGUUUUACCUGUUGUUCGAAAUGUAGAAAAACAAAUUGCUGCUGAUAAAACUCUUAAUCAUGAAUAUUUACCAAUCGAUGGACUCAAAGAAUUAUCAGAUGCAGCUGUGAAGUUGGCAUUAGGUCCUGAUAAUAACGCCAUUACAGAAAAUCGAGUUGCUGCUGCUCAAUCACUAUCAGGCACAGGUGCCUUGCGCAUAUGCUUUGAAUUCAUACAACGUCAGCUGAAAUCCAAAACUGUCUACCUUCCUAAACCAACAUGGGCUAAUCACAAGAAAAUUCUUGCAAUGACCGGUUUUGAUGAUGUACGUGAAUAUGCAUAUUUUUCUCCAACCACAAAAGGUCUGGACAUUCUUGGUAUGAUUGAUAGUUUGCAAUCUGCACCUGAUGGGUCUGUUAUUGUUCUUCAUGCUUGUGCACAAAAUCCUUGUGGUGCUGAUCCAAGCAAGGAUGAAUGGAAAACAAUUGCAGAUGUUGUUGAAAAGAAGAAGCUGAUUGUUGUGUUUGACAUGGCUUACCAAGGUUUUGUGAGUGGUGACCCAGACAUAGAUGCCUGGGCUGUUCGCCAUUUUGUUAAUCGAGGCUUGGAAUUGUUUCUUUGUCAGUCUUUCGCUAAAAUUUUUGGAAUUUAUAAUGAGCGUUGUGGCAAUCUCUCUGUUGUUUGUAAAAAUAGUGAAAUAGCUAUGCAUGUUUUAAGUCAAUUGAAAGCAAUUAUUCGACCUAUGUAUUCUAAUCCACCAAACCAUGGAGCAAGAAUCGUAUCUACAAUUUUGAACAAUCCUGCUCUUAAUACAGAAUGGAGAGAACAGUUAAAAUGCAUGGCUGAUAGAAUUACUUACGUUCGAAAAUCGUUUUUGGAAAAAUUAAAAGCCAUUGAAGCUCCAGGCAAUUGGUCACAUAUUGUAAAUCAGAAUGGCUUAUUCACUUUUACUGGUUUAAACGCGAAACAAGUUGCAGUUUUAAAAGAGAAAUAUCACAUAUAUAUGCUUCCAAGUGGUCGUGUUAACAUGUGUGCUAUUAAUCUAAGUAAUAUCGAUUACAUUGCGAAUGCUUUUAAAGAUGUUGUUCUGAAUGUGGAAUAAGGACUUAAAGCCUAAAAGCUUUAAUUAUACAUGUUUGUAUAGUUUUGUUUUGUUUUUAAUUAGCAUCAACAACUUAAUUAUUUGUAUUAGGACUAUUCACUGAUUAUUUAAUUAAUUGGGUGUUCCAUAGAGAAUAGCGACUUUGAAAUUUGGUGAUUAACUAACAAACGUAUUUAAAUAUUAUUAUUAGUUGUUAAGAUAUUUAUAUGUUAUCCUUUUACUUUCUUAAUCGUAGUUAAUUUAUGCUCUUCAGUUUCAGAUUCAUAUACUGCAAAUUUUUCCCUGUUGAAGUUUAUCUAUUUUGAAAAAGACCUUUCAUAAUUUGCAAGUGCUUGGCUUAUUUUACCAUGGUUAGAUGCAAACAACAACUGUAACCUUAAAUAAAGAAAGCUGGUAAUUCUCUGUUACGGAGAGACCCAAACUCAGAGUUGAAAAUUAAUUUUUUUGUGCCAACUUUUCUGGUACACAUUAGCAGUUAACCAAGUGAAUGUUUGAACUGUUUAUUACUUUUUGAAACUGUUAUUAAUAUUUUGUGCUGAAAAUCCUUUUUUAAUUUUAUUCGAGAAUAUGGAGAGUCAAAAUGAUAAAAUUUUAGGGUGGUCAGAGAAAAUUCAAUUUAGCUAUAAUUUCCAUGGAGAUUUAUUUUUGAUCGCACUUAAGAAUGUUUUUUGUAAGGUUCGUAUUUAAAAUUUUUAAGAAUUCUUAUGAUAAACAAAAGACAAAUCAUCCUUUGGACUGUUAAAGUAAAAGCACCUUUUUUAGCUCCAUCUUUAAAUAAUUUUUGGUUUCUCAUAUUUUUUUUAACAGCCUUUAUUAAUUUCUUUUGUUCUUUAUCGCUUUUUAAUCUGUGUUUGGUUUUAGAAAAAUGAAAAUAAACUCGAUAUUAGGAAAUAAUAAAGGAUCUAAUGUUAAGAGUGAAAAAACUUUAAAACUGAUGGUAUAAAUAAGGUGUAUUAAAAAUAUAUAAACGUAAAUAAUGUGGGAAAAUAAUUGCGAUAUGUUUUUGAAAGAUAAUGACCUAGCUUUUGAUUUAUACUGUUUUUAGUUGUUUUUUAGUAAAUUUAACUGUUACAAUGUAUUUUUGAUAGGACUAUGUGUUAAGAAAUCUUAUGUUCCAUGUUUUAGCA